UUGCAAUCCGUUACAUGGUCGACCUACAACGGGUUAUGUACCUACUAAUAGGGAGACGAGUACAUUGAUGCAAUGUAUGGGCGAUAUCUAUCGGCGCAUGGCAGCUCCAUUUGACGUCGAAGACAUCCGCGAGCUAAUUGCACGAUGCCUUACAGGAUUAGGUGCCGAAAACGUCCUUCAUCAAGACAUCAUUUUGUAUGGGGAUGCCCAUGAUGAUGUAAUGGAUGAUCAUCCCCCACUUCGGCAGGACCUUAGAAGAGUCGCUCCCACUCGAGGUCGGCGUUACGGACGCGGUUAUGUUGCUCCACACAUCGACAAUGAUGAUGGUGACGACAAUAAUCAUGAUGAUGAUAAUGAUGAUGCAUGGUGAUGAUGAUGAUGAGGAGGAGGAGGAUGACGAAGAUGGUGGUGAAGAAGAAGAACAACCAUCUUCUUAUAUUCAUUCAUUCACGCAACCCUGCCCCACCUCAUGUACCCUAUCAGUACUCUACACCGACUAGUGCAUACAUUCCGACUUUUGAUGCUCCAUCGUCUAUUCCACAUGUACAACCUACAUAUGAGACGCGUCCCACCUUUUUAAAUUCACCGAUUGAUUGGUUGAACAACUUAUUAGGAUCAGAUGUACAGAGUGGGAUGGGGCACGAAGCAGGGCCAAGCACACAACCGCCGAUUGAACAUAGGCCGAGACGGGAUAUACAUUCUCGGAAAAUUACCAAAGUACAAAAAUCGUGUGUAUGUGGCAUCAAGACUGUGGCCCAUCCAUGAUGAUGAUACUUGGAAGCACUUUUUCCGACUUGCUGAAAGAGAGUAUGGAGAAUUACAUAUUUUCCUGGAUGCACGAAGAACCUCUAUAGUCCAACCACAAAUAUCAACAUAUGGAGGAGGUGACACCCACAUUUGUGAAACUUUUCACAAUAUCCACUCCAACGAUGACGGACCAUCAACGAGAUACGACGGACGCUACAACCCGCAUACUGUUGAACAUGAAGAUGGCCCUUCAACAUCAUAUGACGAGGAAGAUGAUCCGGAUUAUGAACAAUUUUCUGGAAAUGACGAUGCAACAACAAAUUCUGACGAUAGUGAUGACGCUCAUGACAUGACAUGGGCCAAUAUUGAGCUGGAACAACCAUAUGUUGAACCAGCAAAUCGUGAUAAUGAAACUAUU